CACUGCGUUUAGAAUUUACAAAUUAAGUCGACGUUCUUCCUCUUAAAUAAUGUUUGUCAAUUCAUUUUUAAGAUUAGGUUAGAUUGUUAUUGUGGAAAAAAAUAUCUACGGCGCGCGUUAACUAGAUUGAAGGAUACAAUGAAUUGUGGCAACUUCCACGCCCAUCGGAUAACAAUGCGCGUCUCCGUCUUCGCCGGAGAGGGAACGACCAAUGAAAUGUCUGGAUGUUGGAAUGUGAAGCGGCUUUUAGGGAAAUCCAGUUGCCACAGCAUCAUCGGGCACUGUACAGCUAGACGAGAGAUGGAGGACUUUGACGACCCAGAGUAUACUCCAUCAAAUGAUGUGCUGACUCCCUGCAAAAUAUGUGGCAGAACCUUUUUCUCCAAAAUCCUUAAGAAGCAUACGCCCAUCUGUCAGAAGGCAGCUGCGAAGAGGAGGAGGGUGUUUGACUCGAGCAGGCAGAGGGCUGAGGGAACCGACAUUCCUGUUGUAAAACCUCUGAAGCCUAAGUCACAAAGUACCACCAGCACUACUAGGUCUAAUAAAGCGGAGCCACCCAAGAAACAGUCCAACUGGCGAAGGAAGCAUGAGGACUUCAUCGCCACAAUCCGAGCGGCUAAAGGGCUGACCCAGGUGAUGAAGGAUGGAGGUCCUCUGCCACCUCCACCUCCUCCGUCCUAUGAUCCAGAUUACAUCCAGUGCCAGUACUGUCAGAGGAGGUUCGCCGAGUCUGCUGCUGACCGACACAUUAAGUUCUGUAAGGAGCAAGCAGCAAGGAUCUCCAACAAGGCAAAGCCUCCAGGAGGAGAAGCCAAAGGGGGGAAGCCAAUGGCUCGAAGUCAGAGCAAGCAACCUCCAGUGAAGAAGGCUAACUCCACUAUGACCUCCACUUCGCCUGCUUCCUCACGGCUGCCGCAGCGAUCCCUGUAUGGCCCAACAGCAGGCACCGGUACAGGCCUUCCCACAGGCAAAGCAUCUUCUGCUGGAUCAGUGAGGACUGUCUCAUCCGGGUACGCCCAUGUUCGCUCCAGCCCCACAGGACUGACCAGCCCACCGUCUGGAGUAACCAUGAAACCCAGGACUGUUGGAACCGUAGGAUCGGCCAAGAGUGCCUCCUCUGGGAUUGCAAUAAGAAACAGGAAGGGCUAUAAUUCAGAUAUCGACAAUUCAAGCAAUGAUGCCAGGGCAGUUAAUGAGGUGGAUGACUCCAUGGGGCAACUGACGAAGUUCUGUCAUGACUGUGGCACCAAGUACCCUGUGGAUUGGGCCAAGUUCUGCUGUGAGUGUGGGGUGAAGCGAAUGUACAUUUAGCUGUGAGAGACGCGCGUAGGGAUGGGUGACCAUGGAAAGACACUUGAGAUGCUGAAAUGAAUCACUUGCUAAGAUGCUGAAAACGUCCUUGUGUAGGCACAGUGCUCUCGAUGAGACACUAAACACUAGACAGAUCACUCCUUUUCUGCCAUUUUAUCCCCCCUGUUUCUUCCAAUUGAAUCCCUCCCAUUUCUUCCUAUCCCAUGUUUCCAUAGCAAAUGUAUUGAGUGCAAUAUGAUUGACUACUGAUCAAAAAGGAUUAGAAGUAUUUUGUCCAGGCUGGUGGUUAUAUGGCUAUAUGUGUGAAACUCUAGGCUUUAAAUUAACAUCUCUUUCAAAUGGGACCAUCAAAUAAUUGUAUUGAAUUGUAUGCCCUAGUGUAGCAACUGUCAGUUCUUUUUAAGGAAUAUGACAACAGUAUGACUUCAGAUGUGGUCAACUAAGUUAUUAUUUAUGGUAUUGUUUUGCAGUUAUAUUUUUAAACAUAUUGUGACCGACAAAUGAUUUUCAUAUUCAGCUUAUCAAUAUUAUUUUGUAUAUACAUUUUGUACCAUUUCUUUGCUAAGUUAGCUGAUAGCUCUGUCUGUUUUUAACUGUGUCAGUAUUGGAAAUCAUUUUACAAUGUUACCCGCAAGAUUUCCACAGAAAUGCUGUCCAUCAAAACAACCCUCCCCUUCAAGCAUACCUUAGCUUGUCUCUCCAGACACCUACUGCUCAUCUACUUCAAUAGUUUCAACAUCAUGACUGAAGUCUUGACAAGUAACUGACUGCAUAGCUGAUCACAAUUACACUUAUUGUAAUGCAAUGCAACCCAAAGAGGUGGUAUACCUCACAAUCGAAACCUUUACACUCGUAUAACUUUGUAAGUUUGUGCUAUCAGAAAUGAGAUCAGCAAGCUUUCAUGAGAAAUAAAACAGCCAAAGGGUGAAAGUACACUGCAGUUAUCACCAUGAAUAAAACAUUUACACAAACUG